UUUUUUUUUCCGUAUUUUAGAGGGAUUUCCAGCCGAACAGGCUAAGGCGGCAUUUACCUGGUUAUAGUUUCCCUUCCCCGUAUUGUUUGAGAAGAUCAGAGGACCAACAAAAAUGGCGAUGAAAGUUGUUAUAAAGCCCCCAUUUUUUCACUCUAAUUCCUUCACUUCAUCUCUUUCUUGUUGCCUUUCAACUUCUACUUCUUCAAUUUCAACGGAGACUAAAUCCAUUUCACUUGGGCACCGAACUAGACCCGAUUUCCCUAUCCUUCAUCAGGAAGUAAAUGGUCAUAAUCUAGUUUACUUGGACAAUGGUGCAACAUCUCAGAAGCCAGCAGCUGUAUUGGAUGCUUUGAAAUAUUAUUAUGAAGCUUAUAAUGCAAAUGUGCACAGGGGAAUACAUUUCCUGAGUGCCAAAGCAACUGAUGAAUAUGAAUUAGCAAGAAAAAAGGUUGCUGUGUUCGUUAAUGCCAGAGAGUGGGAUGAGAUUGUAUUUACAAGGAAUGCUACUGAAGCUAUUAAUUUAGUGGCGAAUUCUUGGGGCCUCUCAAAUAUAAAAGCAGGAGAUGAGAUCAUCCUCACUGUUGCUGAACACCACAGUGCUAUAGUACCUUGGCAACUGGUAGCUCAGAAAACCGGCGCUCAUUUGAAAUUUGUCAAUUUGACCAAAGAUGAAACUCCUGAUACAAGAGCAUUGUUGGACAUGAUAUCAAGAAAGACGAAAAUGAUAGUUGUACACCAUGUCUCCAAUGUGCUCGCAUCGACUCUACCCAUUCAUGAUAUAGUGCAGUCAGCUCAUGCUGUCGGAGCAAAGGUUUUGGUUGAUGCUUGUCAGAGUGUCCCGCAUAUGUUAGUUGAUGUUCGAAGUCUUGGUAUUGAUUUUCUUGUUGCUUCUUCUCAUAAGAUGUGUGGGCCUACAGGAGUAGGUUUCCUCUAUGGCAAGCAGGAGCUUCUGUCAAAAAUGCCGCCUUUCUUAGGUGGCGGAGAAAUGAUUUCUGAUGUGUACUUGGAUCACUCCACUUAUGCAGCUCCUCCCUCCAGAUUUGAGGCUGGAACGCCAGCCAUUGGUGAGGCCAUUGGAUUAGGAGCAGCUAUAGAUUAUCUAUCUGAAAUCGGCAUGCAAAAGAUCCAUGAUUAUGAGAUGGAACUAGGUGAAUAUUUGUACGAAAAGCUAUCAUCAGUCCCGAAAGUUCGAAUUUAUGGCCCCAAGCCUUCACAAUAUGUUGGUCGAGCUCCUCUUUGUUCCUUCAACGUCGAAAAUAUCCACCCAACAGAUAUUGCAACCUUUCUUGAUCAACAGCAUGGGGUGGCUAUUAGGUCUGGACACCAUUGUGCACAACCACUCCAUAGACAUUUGGGCAUGAAUGCGAGUGCGAGGGCUAGUCUAUACUUUUACAACACCAAGGAAGACGUCGAUCACUUUAUUGAAGCCCUUAAUGAUACUAUCUCUUUCUUUAGUUCUUUCGUGUAGUUUUUUGCAUCUUGAUUAUUCGCCUUCCCUUGAACAGGGCUUGUAAUUAAUUUCAAAUUCAACCACUUAAGCCAAUUAAUUCUGUGUUUUAAUGUAAUUUUUUUGAGAUGUAAUUUUGCAUAUUCCCCUUCAUCAUUUGUUUUCUUUCAA